CUGGCCCCUGGCUUUCAGGCUCCAACAUCUUCCUUCUGCCAAUAUGUUACAGCUCAAACUCUUUGCAGUGCUCCUGGCUUGCUUGCUGCUGUUGGGCCAGGUCAGUGGCUCCCCAGUACCAGAGCUGAGUCCAGCGAAGAGAGCCCGGAGAAUGACCCCGUUUUGGAGAGGGGUUUCCCUCAGGCCCAUUGGUGCAUCGUGCCGGGAUGAUUCGGAGUGUACCACAAGACUGUGCAGAAAAAGACGCUGUUCCCUAAGUGUGGCUCAGGAGUGAUGUUCAUACCAGGGGAAGAGUCACCUCCAACAGUUGCAUGGAAUAUUGGUUAACUACAUCUUAGCUGGAGAUACUAAAGCGAAGCAGUCUUGUGUUUUUAAUAUUUAAAGACAGAUACUUGCUUUAAACUGGUCUCCAUUUCUUCUUAGAAUGUUGUUGAUUUGUAUAUAAACUAAGUUUGUCAGAGUUUAUUUUUCUAGAAAAACUAUUAAAUGUCUCAAAUCUAAA